UUCCACUUCCCCUCUGAGUGUAAUGGUUGCCUGCUGCAAGAGUAUGGAGUAUGUGAGGCUCUGUUGGAGGGGCUGUUAAUACAUCUGCUCUCUACAACUCCAGGGGAAGCCAGUGAGAUCAGCAAGAUGGGGAGAGAUGGUCGGCAGAAGAAAACGUGGUUUCUGUCCAAAUGGAAGGAGGAUACACAUUCUUUUAGCGCAGGUUAGAGUCUGCCAUCACCUUACAAUGACUCCGCCUCCACCAGUUUCUUAUAAAUCUGACAAACGUUGCUGGGCUUAGACUGUGGUGCGAUCCGUGACAUCGUCAGAGAUCCAAGAUGGUGGAAUUUAAUUGGCGGGCUUUGGAGAAUUUUCCACUGCUGAUGUACAUUUUGGCAGCUAAAACAUUAAUUCUUUGCUUGGCAUUUGCUGGAGCAAAACUAUACCAGAGUAAAAAACUUGAACAAAAAAUGAAAAAAGAACAUGAGGCAAAGCUGAAAAAGGAAGCAGAGAAGAAGGAAGAUUGAAGAAUCUUACAAGAUUUCCUGACAUUUCCUGCUCAUGUGGAUACCUUUCCCGGGAGGGUGAAGACUUCCCUUAGAUGGAACAAUGUGUCAAAGAAAUAAACCGUCCCCGAGCAGCAUUCGCUUAAACUGCAUAUUGACUUUUUAUACAUGUAAUAAGAAUAUCCAUCCUCUAUUUAUACAAUAAAGGUUCCACAGUAGGAA